AUGGCUGCAGCAGGUAGUCCGCCCGGAGCCAGCCAAGACAACCCGAUUGUGCUGGACGACGUUCAGCAAGUUGACACCCCCAACAAUGCUGCCUUUGACGACGAAACCCUCGCCCUCAAGGUUACGGACGGUAUCCCUCCCAACGAUUCCUCCCUUUCUUUGUCUGAAGGAACUACAGAACUAGGCAGAGAGGAUGGAAAGGAGGAUACGGGCUGCCUGAUAAAAUACAGUAUAAACAAUCCUGCAGGCGACGGGAAAGAAGGAGGAAGCGAGAAAUCAUACAAAGCCAAUGCUCUCCACAUUCAUAUUCUCAACAGAGGCAAUGGCAAUGAUAAGUGCGGUGACGCUGGCAUAGGUUCAAAUGCACCUGCGUCUGUUGGCUGA